GCCUGUCUAAUGAUCUCUUUUCUCUUAGAAAUGGUUGAAUCAAUGAAGAAAGUGGCUGGCAUGGAUGUGGAGUUGACAGUGGAAGAAAGAAACCUGCUGUCUGUUGCGUAUAAAAAUGUGAUUGGAGCUAGAAGAGCUUCCUGGAGAAUAAUCAGCAGCAUUGAACAAAAAGAAGAAAACAAGGGUGGUGAAGAUAAACUAAAAAUGAUUCGGGAAUAUCGACAAAUGGUUGAGACUGAGCUGAAGUUAAUCUGUUGUGAUAUUCUGGAUGUACUGGACAAACACCUCAUUCCAGCAGCUAACACUGGCGAGUCCAAGGUUUUCUAUUAUAAAAUGAAAGGGGACUACCAUAGGUAUCUGGCUGAGUUUGCUACAGGAAAUGACAGGAAGGAGGCAGCAGAGAAUAGCCUGGUGGCUUAUAAGGCUGCUAGUGAUAUUGCAAUGACAGAACUUCCGCCAACGCACCCCAUCCGCUUAGGUCUUGCUCUCAACUUUUCUGUAUUCUAUUAUGAAAUUCUUAAUUCUCCUGAUCGUGCCUGCAGGUUGGCAAAAGCAGCUUUUGAUGAUGCUAUUGCAGAACUGGAUACGCUGAGUGAAGAAAGCUAUAAGGACUCUACGCUUAUCAUGCAGUUGUUACGUGAUAACCUGACACUAUGGACUUCAGACAUGCAGGGUGAUGGUGAAGAACAGAAUAAAGAAGCGCUGCAGGAUGUGGAAGAUGAAAACCAGUGAGACAUCAAGGCCAACAAGAGAACCCAUCUCUGACCACCCUUACCUUCCCCCACAAAUCCCUCAGUGUCACUCUGAGAACCACCAAAUCUGACUUUUACAUUGGGUCUCAGAAUUUAGGUUCCUGCCCUGUUGGGUUUCUUUUUGUUUUGUUUUGGUUUUUUUAAACACAGUUCAAAAGUUCUUAAAAGGCAAGAGUGACUUUCUGUGGAUUUUACUGGUGCCAGCUUCCUAGAUUCCUUAAGACACUAACAGGACUGCGUAACGGCUCGUUCAGCAUUACUGUACUGUCUUCUGCCAGGUGUGGCAAGAUAACCAUUAGAAA